AUGCCGACGCGAUUCCACAUCCGUUUCGUGCAGAAGCUAACUCAGGCAGUCGGCCAGAGGGAGGUUGGUUCAGGCCUACACGUGGCCUAUCAGUGGUGCAAGAUUCUGGAUCAUUUCGACGAGAUUCUGCAGCAGCGGACGAGAGAUGAGAAAUUCCUCGUCAUGGGAACCCCACAGUACCGUCGAGAGCAUGUUCUGGCGGAGAUACUCAAAGACUGUGGUACGUAUUUCGCGAAAGUAGACCGUGGUGAAAUUGGUGGAGAGGAAGAGAAUGUGGACAACUUGGACCAACAUGGGCCUCCCGUAGAGGACACAGGUCCCCCGCCAGAGAUUGAUGCGGAAAUAGUCGCUGUGGGUGCGCUGAUUGCUGACGGUGUUCGAAUUGGUCUGGCCAACGAGCGGCAGAGCGUCGCGGAUGGGGAGCGUCAGCUGAUGGAUACAGAGGAACCACCCGUUCAGAGGGAGAGUGCGCGCGAAAUUUUGCGAGGAAUGAGGGAGACGCAGCAGAGGGCAGCAAAGGAGGCCAUUCAGCAGGGGGGGGAGGAGGAGAUGAUAGAGGAUCAGAUGAUGGAACAGUGUCCGGGUUUGGAAGACGGGCAGGGGAGUCAGAAUCUCGGAGGCGAAUUGGAGGAAGAGGUGCAGAGGUCGGAACUGGAGACUAGGGUGGUGUAUCAGAGACGGGAGGCACGGACAAAGAAGAUGUAUGAUUUGGGGCGGGAGGAAAAAAAUACAGAACGCGAAAAGGAGGAGAAUCGGCAGAGAGAGGAGGAAGCGCGGAAGAGGGAGGAGAAACAGGUUGAGCGCGAAAAAGAGGAGAAGCAGCAGAGGGAGAAGGAAGAGCGGCAGAGGGAGGAUGAGAGAAGCGCGGAGCGCGAACAGGAGAAGAAGCGGCAGAGGGAGGAGGGAGAGCGGAAGGAGGAGGAGAAGAAGGUGGAGCGCGAGAAGGAGGAGAGGCGGCAGCGGGAGGAGGAAGAGCAGAAGAGGGUGGAGGAAAAAAAGACAGAGCGCGAAAAGGAGGAGAAUCGGCAGAGAGAGGAGGAAGCGCGGAAGAGGGUGUUAAAAGGGAGGAGGAACGGGUUGAGCGCGAAAAAAGAGGAGAAGCGGCAGAGGGAGAAGGAAGAGCGGCAGAGGGAGGAUGUGAGAAGCGCGGAGCGCGAACAGGAGAAGAAGCGGCAGAGAGAGGAGGGAGAGCGGAAGGAGGAGGAAAAGAAGGUGGAGCGCGAGAAGGAGGAGAGGCGGCAGCGGGAGGAGGAAGAGCAGAAGAGGGUGGAGGAAAAAAAGACAGAGCGCGAAAAGGAGGAGAAUCGGCAGAGAGAGGAGGAAGCGCGGAAGAGGGAGGAGGAACGGGUUGAGCGCGAAAAAGAGGAGAAGCGGCAGAGGGAAAAGGAAGAGCGGCAGAGGGAGGAUGAGAGAAGCGCGGAGCGCGAACAGGAGAAGAAGCGGCAGAGGGAGGAGGGAGAGCGGAAGGAGGAGGAAAAGAAGGUGGAGCGCGAGGAGGAGAGGCGGCAGCGGGAGGAGGAAGAGCAGAAGAGGGUGGAGGAAAAAAAGACAGAGCGCGAAAAGGAGGAGAAUCGGCAGAGAGAGGAGGAAGCGCGGAAGAGGGAGGAGGAACGGGUUGAGCGCGAAAAAGAGGAGAAGCGGCAGAGGGAGAAGGAAGAGUGGCAGAGGGAGGAUGAGAGAAGCGCGGAGCGCGAACCGGAGAAGAAGCGGCAGAGGGAGGAGGGAGAGCGGAAGGAGGAGGAAAAGAAGGUGGAGCGCGAGAAGGAGGAGAGGCGGCAGCGGGAGGAGGAAGCGCAGAAGAGGGUGGUGGAAAAAAAGACAGCGCGCGAAAAGGAGGAGAAUCGGCAGAGAGAGGAGGGAGCGCGGAAGGAGGAGGAGGAACGGGUUGAGCGCGAAAAAGAGGAGAAGCGGCAGAGGGAGAAGGAAGAGUGGCAGAGGGAGGAUGAGAGAAGUGCGGAGCGCGAACCGGAGAAGAAGCGGCAGAGGGAGGAGGGAGAGCGGAAGGAGGAGGAAGAGAAGGUGGAGCGCGAGAAGGAGGAGAGGCGGCAGCGGGAGGAGGAAGAGCAGAAGAGGGUGGAGGAAAAAAAGACAGCGCGCGAAAAGGAGGAGAAUCGGCAGAGAGAGGAGGGAGCGCGGAAGGAGGAGGAGGAACAGGUUCAGCGCCAAAAAGAGGAGAAGCGGCAGAGGGAGGUGGAAGCGCGAAAGGAGGAGGAGGAACGGGUGGAGCGCGAAAAGGAGGAGGAACGGAAAAGGGAGGAGGACAAAAUGGCUCAGCGUGGAAUAGAGGAGCGGAAAGCGCGAGAUGAGCCGAGGGAAGGGGAGCGAGUGCGACAGAGGGUGGAGGCUGGAGGGCGAGAACCGCGCGAAAGGGAGGAGGCUCGGCAGGGGCAGGAACGGGAACGGAAGAGAGCCGAAAGCGAACGCCGAAAGCAUCAGCUGCUAAGGGUUGCGGGUGGACGGGUGGAAGAGGAGCAGGAGAGCGCGGCUAGUGCGCUCCCUAUUCAGAGGAAUCGUCCGCGUGCGGCAGAGAAUCCUGCUGCGGGGCAGGGUGAGGAGCUGGAGGAGGGUGAAUGGGUGGCCUUGGAGACACAACUGCAGGAGCAGGAGAAAGAUGGGCCCCAGGUUUUCGAGGAAACGGCGGGUGGAUUUGAGGAGGCCGGAGACCGCAUCGCAGCUAACGGCAGGGUGCAUACCACACGGGAGUUAAUGCGGCGUCUGACAUUGGUGGCGAGGUCAGUUGCCAGGAUUUCGUCGGAACAAGGUGUUCGAUUCAGCGACUGCAUGGCCGAGAUUCGCCAGUUUGGUGCGCGGAUGCAGGGAUGGGAAGCAUCGUACUUGCAGGACUACGAUGAUCUGACAAACGAGUACCACACGCUAAAGGAUUCUGUUGUGCGAGAGCGCGAGGAGCUUCGGGAAAUCCGUUCUGCUCUUUUGACGUCUACGGCCGAGGCACGAGCGGCAGCAGCUGAUGCAGGUCAAGCAGCUGCAACGGCGGUUGUAGAAGCAUUGCAGGAAAAGCUCGAGGGGUUUUCCGAGGCGUUUCUAGAAAGGCUGAAGGGUGUUGUGGCGCUGGCGCUAGAGCAAGCGUCAAAAGAAGGGAAGCUUGAGUCCACGAUCGCAUCCGUCUCCAUCGAAUACCUGGAAAAGACUAUCGAGAAUAGCGUAUACACAGUGUGGGAGGAUCUCAGAGUUGCGGAAGACAAGAACUCUCAGAGUUUCAAAGCUAUUCAGAAGGCUCUUGCAGGAAUGACAGCAAAGCCCCGUGGGCGGACUGGACCCAUCCACGUCGGAAAUCCACACGCCGCCAGACCAGAUGCCACAAAGCUCAAAGGGCGGACGGGAGCCAUCAACGUCGGAAGUCCUCUCCCCGCCAGACCAGAUGGGCGGACGAGAGCCAUCAACGCCGGAAGUCCUCUUCCCGCCAGACCAGACGCCACCAAGCUCAAAGGGCGGAUUGGACCCAUCAACGUCGGAAAUCCUCUCGCCGCCAGACCGGCCGGAACAAAGCUCAAAGGGCGGACUGGACCCAUCAACGUCGGAAAUCCGCAAGCCGACAGACCAGAGGCCACGCCAAACUUUUCGCGACCGCAGGGCGAAGCAGACUCACCAGACAUCCCUAUCGCCGCUGCACAUAAAGUAAUGGAAAGGUUUGUCGCGACCUCCGAGGGCGAGACGGGUGAGGCGGGUGAGGUGGGCGCUGGUGUGGCAGAUGUUGACUUGCGGGUCGAGCGUGAAAGCGAGGAGAAGCGAAAGCGGGAGGAGCACGCGAAGGCGGUGAAGAGGCGGGCACAAUUGGAGGCAGAAUUAGAAGCAAAGCGUGAUCGGAUAGCAAAAUUCGCUGAAGCGAAGCGGUUGGAGGCCGAAAAGCGCAAAAAGGACCUCGAAAUAGAGCGGUGGAAAGCUCAGCAGGAGAUGGAGCGUAUUGCACGGUUGGAGGAAGCCGCAAAGGAGGAGGAGGAGAUGCAACGAAAGGUCUUAGCGGCAGAAACGGAGAAAAUGGAAAAGGAAAAGCGUAGAAUUGCGGGAGAGAAUGUGGAUGCGGCAGUGGAGCAAGGGCAGGGAGAAGAGGCGGAAGGUGGAGAAGAGGCGGAAGGUCUAGUGUGUGCCGGGACUCUAAAUGUGAUUUGCAUGGUUCCGGAAGAACCACUGCAAGUAUUGGACCUGGAGGAGGAGCAAGAUGAUUCAGUGCAUCUGAACGGCCCAGGUGAUUCAGAGACUCAACCGCCUUCGAAAAGGCCUCGCAUAGAGCACACGGGAACGAACACGGACGCAGAUGAAGGGUCUUUUGGAGAUGCUGAGUCAGAGGAUGCAGUCGGUGAAAAUGUGUCGGGAAAUCAGAAUGUUCAACCCAUGUUGGGAGAGGCGGCAGACGAGGUGGCACAGCGAAGGAUCGAUGUGCUACCAGACGAGCUAGGAAAGAGAUGGGGGGAAACAAAGCAUUUCAGAUCGAGUGGUCUUACUACACGCGAAAAGAAGAACAAGGACGGGGUGGUGACCGUGCGCUACAACUCGGAGCAGACCGUCGGAGGUGUGAAGAGGAACAUGGGGAGCUUCAAGGAGAAGAAACUGCGCGACUUCACGGUGGCCGUUUGUUGGAUGGCCUAUUUCCCCGACACGGACAUGGUCCAUUACGGCAUGGAUCCUGUCGAGGUUGGAGAGUGGGCGGUCCACCUCGAAUUCGCUCGUGAACUCCCGACAGGUGUCUGGAGUGUUAUGAACGAACUGAACCUGGACAAAUUCGAGAAGUGA